AUGGUUCUUGGGACUAUAUUAUUGACAGGGGCAUCUCUGACGGCCAGUGUACUGGUAGUCCAGGUAGCCGUGUUGCCUCUAGUCUUCAAAUACAGCAAAUCAGUGCAGAGGAAGAUGGUAUUUUCUAAUUGUAUAAACUAUCCAAGAAACUUAGACUAUGAGAAUCCGUCCAGUUGUAAUGUUGUUGGAGGGAGGAACUUUAAUAUUCAGUUCGAAUCUGCUGUAGAUUCUUGUCCUAUUAAGCUCGGUGUCUGGCAUAUAGUGCCGUGUUCAAUGUUUCGAGAAGUGUUCGUUAUAAGGGAUUAUCUCAACGUGGAUGACCGACUUCAUCAAGAGUUACGCAGAACGCAGAAUACAGUCGUGAUGUAUUGUCAUGGAAACUCGAAUCACCGCGCGUCGCCGCAUCGUUUACAAAUGUACAAAGUUUUCCAAGAACUUAACUUUCAUGUGAUCACAUUUGAUUAUAGAGGGUACGGAGACUCGACCCGGGUGAGGCCCACAGAGCGAGGCGUGGUGGAAGAUGCGCUGGAAGUGUAUUCCUGGCUGAUGGAGUCGCUCACUCAGACCAACAGACCACCCGUUAUCAUUUGGGGGCAUUCUCUUGGUACGGCAGUAGCAGCGAACAUGACAGCGAACUUGUCAGAUCUGUGCGCGACUCAGGGCAAGUCGCAGCUGCCGAGACCUGAUGCCCUCGUCUUAGAAGCACCCUUCAAUAACCUCAUGGAUGAGAUUGAGAGCCAUCCUUUCUCUAAGCUGGUCUCCUGGCUGCCCUACUACAGAGACACAUUCGUGAAGCCGUUCACCGUCUCCUCGGAGUAUGCCUUCACGACGGACCAGUACCUCAGCACCGUGCCUCACAUACCCAUCCUCAUGCUCCACUCUAAGGGAGACAAGAUCGUGCCGUAUCCACUCGCUGUUAAAUUACAUGAAAAAGUAGCGGAGUCCCGAGCGAUUGCGGGUGCUCCGCUGAUGUUCCACUCGUUCGAGAAAGGCCUAGGGCUCGGACACAACAAUCUGUGCGAAGCGCCAGAUUUAAAGGAUGUUGUUGGAAAAUUCCUGGAGGAAGUCAAGGAAAGGAAAGGAAAGCAUGUUGAUUGAAGUGUCUCGUGAGAGUUGAAACUGUUUUUAUUAAAAUAUUAUUAAUAAAAUUAUUUUUAGUUAACCUUGA